GGAGGUUUGCACACCAGUGUGUAUGCCAAGUGCUGCGUGCAUCACUAAACAUGACACUGUUGGACAAUGAAGGGAAGAGAACCAGAGGAGGAAACUGAACCUGUGAUUAGCAGGAAGGACAGGAAAGUGACUGAUAGCACCCAGUAACUAACUUUUAACUGAACUAGUGUAGGUUUUUCCAUUUUCCUUGGAAUACCUUUUUAGUUUUGUGCGCAAAGUCUUUGGGCCAAACAUGAACUGCAUUCCUGCCUCACAUAGUAUGAACACCAUUCUCACUCAAGUUGAAUCUCAGAUGGAGGAGUGUCCAGUUCAGAGGAGAGGAAGCAAAGCCUAUCAGCUCAGUUGCCAGGAAGUCUUCUAUUGGCCCAUCCCAGACUCAACUGUCUCUCAUCCGGCUAACUCCGCCCACCUCCCCCACCACCCCUGAUGCUGCCCCACCCUGCCUGAGGAACUGAAGCAGUACAAGCAUUAAAAUAUACUGUGUAACGUUUUUCAUGGAUAUGUGUUAUUGUUGAGUAAUAUUUUACUACCUUGCUAAUAAAUUACGAAAAUUAUAAAAAAAAAUAUAUUUUAUAACCACAGUACUUUUAUCCUUCUUGGAUUGUGAAGAAAUGUCAUAUUUUCACAUACAUUGUCUGAUUUUGGUCAGAAUUCAUAAUGAAAAAUUCAUUAUUAAAGUAUAUGCUGUUACAGCGAGUCCUUUACUACUAAAAAAUAAAAUAAUUUGCAUUGCCAGGUCAUUAUGGAUGAUUACGGUAUAAUAAUAAUAAUGGGGGUUUUUUUGGUUUAUGUUUUUACAUGUAUCCAUAAGCUCGACAUUUAUGGCAGGAAGUGCGCUGACUAAAUCCUGUGCUGACAAAUGAUGGUAAUCAUAAAGUCAAGUCCACCUUUUAAAUUCACAAAUUUAAAUUGAAGGUUUAUGACAAAUUAUUUUAAGACUUUCAGAUGCUAAACAUUUACUUAAAAGAUACAGAGAUAUUUUCCCUUUAACUUUUCUGGCUGUGUGCAAUGACAGUUUAACAAGUCAAGUUCAUAUCCACUAGUCUCAUCCUAGAGUUUUAACUUUUACCCCCUCGCUACAGAGCCUAGCAGGUUACUGCACUUGCCAUGUUAUUAUAGUAGCUGUCCUCUAGAGGGAAGCACAGGAACACACAUAACUGGUAUCUUUUCAUGGGACAGCACUGAAGAUAUGACUUUGAUGCGAUGUAAAGUAGUCGGUGUACAGCUUGUAUAGCAGU